AUGGCUUCGUCUUUAACCAUCACUGGGGUGGAGGGUCGUCAGAUCACAGUUCCCACGGGUCUGUUUAUUCACAAUGAAUUUAUUAUAUCCUCUGAUGAGCGAAAGCUCUCUGUGGAAAAUCCGACCACUGGCGAAAUACUCGGCUUUAUCUCUGCAGCGGGCAAAGAGGAUAUCAACAAAGCGGUCGAGUCUGCUAAGCACGGCUUUAAGACAUGGCGGGAUUUUCCUGGAUCUUCAAAAGCUCGACUUUUACUCAAGCUUGCGGAUUUGAUUGAACGGGACGCUCAAGAGCUUGCAUCACUGGAAGCCGUUGAUGCCGGCUUAUUGUAUGCGGAUUCAAUGGGACUCAACAUUCCUCAGGCUGUGGGCUGUCUCAGAUAUUAUGCAGGGUGGGCUGACAAGGUAGACGGAAAGACUCUUGCCAUGGAUGGUGGUAUUGCCUACACUUAUCGCGAGCCCUUGGGCGUGUGCGGUGCAAUCGUUCCUUGGAACUCCCCUCUCAUGAUUACUAUUUGGAAGCUCGCCCCUGCUUUAGCAACUGGGAAUGUUCUCAUUAUCAAAUCAUCAGAGCUAUCACCCCUUUACGGUCAGCGACUGGGAGAGCUGGUAAAAGAGGCCGGUAUCCCAGCUGGUGUCGUGAAUAUUGUGCCUGGAGAAGGUUCUAGCGCUGGCCAGGCACUUGCUGAGCAUAUGGAAGUGCGCAAAAUUGCUUUCACAGGGAGCGCAGUGGCAGGACGCAAGAUCCUCCAAGCCGCCUCCCGCACAAACUUGAAGAAGGUGAGUUUAGAGCUAGGUGGGAAGGGACCAUCGAUUGUUUUCGAUGACUGCGACCUCAGUAAUGCACUACUCUGGACGCGUGUUGGUAUUACAGCAAAUAAUGGCCAGAUUUGUGCGGCUGGGUCGCGAAUCUACGUCCAAGCCUCCAUUUAUGACCGAUUCCUAGAGGCUUACAAGGAAGCUGCGGUGGCAGCCCUGGCUGUGGCAGGAGACCCUCUGGAUGCAUCUACCACCAAGGGUCCGAUUGUCAAUCGUGCACAACAUGAGAAAAUCUUGGACUACAUUCGCCAAGGAAAAGAGUCUGGGGCGAGGUUACUGUUUGGAGGCGAAAAAAUUGGUCAGCGGGGAUAUUUUGUGCAGGACACGGCCUUUGCAGAUGUUUCUGAUGAUGCCACUAUUAUGUGCGAAGAAAUAUUUGGCCCUGUUGCCAGUAUUGCCAAAUUUACCACCGAAGAGGAGGUCAUUUCGAAGGCCAAUAACACUCACCAUGGUCUAAGUGCCGCAAUAUUCACCAAUGACAUCAAUCGCGCUCAUCGUAUGUCCAAGGAACUCGAGUCAGGCCAGGUGACUGUGAAUGCUUGGGCCAUGCUAAGCCCAAAUGUCCCAUUCGGUGGUGUUAAGGAGAGUGGAUUUGGGCGAGACAUGGGCGAAGAGGCGUUGGAGGGAUGGACAACCGUCAAGGCUGUGAAAUAUCAUAUCCUUCCACGCCUUUAA